AUGGCGUCCACUGUUCACCAGACUUGGGGUAACUUUCUUUCCCGCAGAAUCGGCUGCCUCCCAGCGCGUCCGCUGGCCUCGGCCUUACGCCGGCUGGAACGUUUAAUCCGUUCCCCCCUUUAUACAAAGCCUUCCCGCAGAGUCGGCUGCCUCCCAGCGCGUCCGCUGGCCUCGGCCUUACGCCGGCUGGAACGUUUAAUAGAAAUCUUUCUUCUGCACCAGAUACCUUCCUGCUUCCCAGCAGGGCCUUGGAUUUACACUGGACUUUCCUGUCUGUCUGAGCACCGGUGUUUUUAUCUAUCCUUCCCCUCUGUCUUGGAAGUGUUCUCUUUCCCCAGUCAAGGGAUCCCGGACGAGCCCCCAAAUGUUCUGCCCGAUGUCCGAAUCCCAGAGCGGGAAGAGAGAAGUUCCAAGGCAAUGCAAUUUACAAAAAGGGAAGUUUUAUUACUGACUCGAGUCAGGGCCUUCUGCUGCAACCAACACAGUGGUGCAAGGUCAGAAAAGCCCUGA